AACUUCCAUUGAAGACCCUCUCUCCUGUCUGCGAGAUGGUGCCGCUACUUCUGCCGCUGCUGGUGACCUCCCUGACGACUGCCGAGCCAGACUACUGUAACAUCACCACCUGUCCGCAUGUGGAGGACCACACCAUGUGCGUGUUCGACACGGACGGCCCGGCACCCAUGUGCGACACGGUCGUCACCCGCGGAAUCACGCCAGGCGACCAGACCACCAUCCUGGCCGUCCACAACCGGCUGCGGGCCGCCGUGCAGAAGGGCGAGUACAGCCAGCGCGGCCUGCCGCCGGCCGUCUCCCUGCCGCCCCUCAGCUGGGACCAGGAGCUCGCCACGCUGGCCCAGCGCUGGGCCGACCAGUGCAUGGACGACAGCGAUCUCUGCCGCGACGUUCAGCGCUUCAAGGUCGGACAGAACGUAGCGAUGAUUUUUGGUCAGAAGAACUGGACGCGCGCUAUCGAAGAGUGCUACUUUACUGAGCAGCUAGAGAACUUUAACCAGACCAGUCUGACGUACCAAGCCCCGCCGGAAGAUGACUUUGGUAUGACGGACACCAGCAAACUCAGUCAGCUGUUAUGGGCGGCCACCACUAAGGUGGGGUGUGGCUAUAUUGCCGUAAAGUUCUGGCUUUCCGAGGAGGUGGGACCCGGUGACGUACAUGCGUAUAUUUGUAACUAUGGCCCCGCAGGAAACAUCCCUGGGCAAACCAUGUACACCAAAGCCUAAGCAGCAACAGGUACUGAGUGGUGUGUGUAUUCAUGGUUAUGAUUUCACGGUGCUUAGGUGUAUCGAAAAGCACUGAGGGCAGACACUUCUUCAAUUGCUAACAUCUCGGGUAGUAUUAUAGUGUCCGGCCGAUAAUUUAUUACGGACACAGUAUCUCAUGCGGAACAGUCGUUGCGCCUCUCACCCGACUCAUUUUCCUGCAAGCCUUUUAUAAUUUACAUACACUUAGUGAUUCCUUUGUGUUUGCUGGCUAGAUCGCUUACCGGUGAAUUUGUGAUGGCCCGUUCAGAUGUAAUCUCAGGGUUCAGGGUCACAGCGUUAGCGUAAUAAUCACUUGUACUUUAUACAAUAAAUACCUAAU